AUGGACACAACCAUCACCAACUUGCCGCCUAACGUAGGAGCCAUCCUCAUCGAGAACAUCUCCAUCAUUCAAAUUAUAUCCAUGUUUUCGAUCGGCGCCUACAACGCCUUGGAGACGGGAAUCGCCGUGUUCGACUCAUUCCGACGUUACCGAGGGCUCUAUUUCUGGAGCAUGCAGGUAGCAUCGUGGGGCAUCCUGGUCCAUACAAUCCCGGCUAUGAUACGAUUUGUAUCUCAGUCAUCCAACCUGGCCAUGUCAAUCCCAUUCAUUCUGGGGUGGUAUGCCAUGGUGACUGGACAAGCCGUGGUGCUCUAUUCCCGCCUGAAUGUGCUUGCGACAAACCCCCUGAAGCUUCGCUGGGUGCUAUGGAUGAUUAUUACAAAUUUCUUCAUCCUACAUAUUCCGACGACGGUACUCUUCUACGGUCUGAAUAGUGGUCACAGCGAAUUUGCCGGACCGGCAGCUAUCUACGAUCGGAUCCAGGUGACCGGAUUCUGUAUGCAGGAAUUGGUUCUCUCGGGUGUCUAUAUACAUCAGGCAGUGGAAAGAAGGAGGGAUAAGCGAGAUCUACAUCACCAACAGGACCGAAAAGUCAUCCUUCACCUACUCUGGAUCAAUAUUCUUGUGGUCCUGAUGAACAUUCUGCUGCUCGUGGCCGAGUACAAGCUUCACUACAUCGAAGUCAGCCUCAAAACCGUGGUUUAUAGCAUCAAGCUGAAGCUGGAAUUCACGGUCUUGAAUCGUCUGAGAAAGCUGGGAUAUACGCCACCUCCUGCCUUGGCUUGCCAGAUGCCCGAAUAUGCCAGGCAAGACAGCAAUGCCAAUCUGGUGGGACGAUCACGUCUCCACUCACGCCAAGAGUCAAACUGCGAAUCUGUGCACACGGUGUGUGGGAUUAAUGUGCCACCUCGUGCCUUCCAACGACCCAGCCUUCAGGCGAAUCGUGAGGCCAAAUACGAGACUGAUAGGGACGAUACGAGCCUCCCGUCGUCAAAUGAGUUGACAACUCCCUCAGCUACCGCCUCAGGUCACUUGGUCUCGUCCUUGUCUUCCCUGGAGUUGAGUCUUACAAACUUUACGCCAAAGUUUGACGUGGAGGUCGUGGAAUAA